AUGUCCUCAGAAGAACCCACACACGAAGAAAGCAGCAACUCUCCUUCAACCACCACCACAACGACGAGUAGUAAUUUGGGAAAACGAACAUUGGAAGAAGCAUCUCCAACUUCUACAGAAGCAAGUUCCGAGAGCAACAAAAAUCAAGCAACCUUGCAAAAUUUGGCUCAAGAUGUUCAACAAUUGAUCAACGCCAUUCCGAAGGGUUGGUAUUUUACUCCGUUGGAUCCUAUACGUCCUGGACAGAAUGAAUAUUCGACCUAUGAACGUUUUCCAUAUCAUGAAUUACCUAGUGCUGAGGAUGUUCAUAAAAAGACUGGACAAGAUCCCGAAGAAUCAACAUUUACAUUUGAUGGAGUAUUUAAAGGUGAUUGGAAAUGGAAGCUUGAUAGUAUGAAGAAAGAUAUCGAACAAUAUCAAGAAUUGAGAAAGAAAGAACUUGAAGAAAAGGAGGAGCAAGAAGAAGGCGACAAUAGCAAAUUUGGAUUGAUAAAUGUCGAUUCAGAAUUUGAAGAAGGUGAUCUUGAAUUAAUUCCUCCAGUGAUUAGAACAUUAUUUGAUAGUGUUUAUCACAUGUUUUUGACCGUGGACGCAGAAUCUCCAACAGCUUGCUAUUUCAAUUUAAUGAAACCCAUUGGUCCACUCAAAAAGUAUUAUCCCAAACAUGAAUUUUAUUUAUUACCAUUCUUCAAUGACCAACAAUCAUGUUUAACUUGGUUUGCAUUAUAUGACAACAAAGUGAAAAUGUCUGAAUUAGAUCCAACAUCUCCACCAAUUCUUGGAUCGUUUGAUCAUCCAGUCGUUGUGAGUGGCAUUUCAAUUUGUGACGAAGAUUUGGAAAAUAUUUCCUUCUCCGAUAUUGAAUAUCAAUCGAAUGGAGUUGAAGAAUUUGUGUGGAGAACAGUACUAGAAGGAAAACUAUGGAUGUGUUUACACCCAAGCGUUGGCAAAAUGCAAAUCAAAGACAUUAAAUUCCUUCCUGCCAAACGUUAUGCCAUGCACUUGGAAAAAUUAAACAAUGAAAAAAAGAACAAGCAACAACCACAAUCAUCAUCGACUGAUUCCAAAUAA